AAUAGAUCAGAUAGUGGAGCAAAGGUAGGCUGAAAAGGUUUACUAGCCAAUAAAUGAUAUCUUAAACCAGAAUCUGAUAUUGAUUAAACUGUUAGUUAAACAACUCGGCGUGUUUGGUGUCAGAAUAGUGGCGCGCCUAAUCCUGCUAGCUGGUGAGAUGGAGUCCAGUGGGGACAGGGCCAGGUUCGGGGGACAGAGCGUAGGAGCAGGCUCCUUGGUGGCAGAGGAGAACUACUUUCUAGGUUACACCUUUACAGACCGCUCCCACUCCAGCCGUGUGGUGCAGAGCAUCAUGGACCUAUGUCUGCAGGACGGCCUGUUUGCUGACGUGACGGUGAAGGUGGAGGGGAGGGAUUUUAACCUGCACCGCCUGGUACUGUCAGCCCAGAGCAGCUUCUUUAGAUCCAUGUUCACAUCCAACCUGAGAGAGGCUCACACACGUAGCAUCCAACUGAAGGACGUCAGCGCAUCAGUCUUCCAGCUGCUGGUUGACUACAUCUACCACGGGACAGUGAAGCUGACAGUGGAGGAGCUGCAGGACACCUAUGAGAUGGCUGACAUGUACCAGCUGACUGCUCUGUUUGAAGAAUGCUCCCGCUUCCUGUCACGCACCGUAGAUGUCAAGAAUUGCCUACAGGUGAUGUGGCUGGCAGACAGGCACAGUGACCAGGAGUUGUAUACUGCAGCCAAACAUUGUGCUAAGAUCCACCUGGUCCAACUUCACCAGACUGAUGAGUUCCUCAACCUGCCACUCUGUCUCCUCAUGGACAUUAUCAAAGACGGUGUUCCAACCUCUCAGAACCCCACGGUCGCCAUCCAAUCCUGGAUCAACCACAACAAGGUGGAGAGAGAAGAGUUCUCCACUGUUCUCCAGGAGAACCUCAAGGAGAUCGGUGAGAAGGUGCACAUCUACCUGAUAGGUAAGGAGGAGACGAGGACCCACUCCCUGGCCAUUUCCCUGCACUGUGACGAGGACGAUGCCAUCAGCGUCAGCGGCCAGAACAGCCUGUGUCACCAGAUCACAGCAGCCUGUAAACACGGGCCGGACCUCUACGUGGUAGGGGGGUCCAUCCCUCGCCGCAUGUGGAAGUGUAACAUGCAGACCAUGGACUGGGAGCGCUGUGCCCCGCUGCCCCGAGAUCGUCUCAGCCACACCAUGGUCUCAGUCUCGCUCCAGGAUGCCGUCUAUAGUCUGGGAGGUAAGACGCUCCAGGACACACUGUCCAACGCCGUGAUUUACUACACGGUGAAGGACAACGUGUGGACGGAGACUAGCCAGCUGGAUACGGCGGUGUCCGGGGCGGCGGGGGUUAACCUGGGAGGAACCAUCUACAUACUGGGGGGGGAAGAGAAUGACAUGGACUUCUUCACCAAGCCGUCACGACUCAUCCAGUGCUUCGACACGAAGACUCAGAAGUGCCAAUUGAAGCCUUACGUUCUGCCGUUGGCGGGAGUGAUGCACGCCGCCGCCCACAUGGAUCUGCUGUUCAUCGUAGCAGAGGGGGACUCCCUGGUGUGUUACAACCCGUUGUUGGAGAGCUUCACCAGGCUACGCUUCCCCGAGGUGUGGAGCUGUGUGCCGUCCUUCUGGAAGGUGGCCAGCUGUAACGGCUCCGUCUACGUGUUCAGAGAGAGGUGUACAAAAGGAGACGCUCACACGUUGAAGUUUAACCCCGCUACGUCAGCCGUGACUGUUAUCAAGGGGAUUAAGAUACUGCUGACCAACUGGCAGUUUGUCCUGGCCUAAAGUUUAAACUCACUACGGUGAGGGCAUGAGGUAUUUGAGAAUAUAGAAUGAAAAAUAUUCAGAUCCUUUUUUACUUUGACCGUUAAAGUCUUAUUCUCUCAAUCUACACACCAAACCCCAUAAUGACCAAGCAAAAGCAGGUUUUUCGAUAUUUUAGCAAAUUUAUAGAACCCCCCCCCCUAUCUUAUUUAUAUAAGAACCUUUGCUAUGAGACUCUAA